UGAGAUCAUCAACUACAGAGAUGGGAUGGGUCGAGUCUUAGCUCAGGACGUCUAUGCCAAAGACAACCUGCCUCCGUUCCCUGCAUCAGUCAAAGAUGGCUACGCCGUGCGAGCGGCCGACGGUCCUGGAGAUCGCUUCAUCAUUGGGGAAUCACAGGCAGGACAGCAGCCGACCCACACAGUGAUGCCGGGCCAGGUGAUGAGGGUGACAACAGGGGCUCCUAUCCCCUGUGGGGCAGAUGCUGUGGUGCAGGUGGAGGACACAGAGCUGCUUCGAGAGUCUGACGACGGCACAGAAGAACUGGAGGUGCGGAUCUUGGUACAGGCACGCCCUGGACUAGACAUCAGGCCUAUAGGUCAUGAUAUAAAGCGUGGGGAAUGUGUCCUGUCCAAGGGUACCCACAUGGGCCCUUCUGAGAUUGGCCUGCUGGCCACCGUAGGAGUCACUGAGGUGGAGGUGCAGAAGUUCCCAGUGGUGGCUGUCAUGUCAACUGGCAACGAGCUGUUGAACCCAGAGGAUGACCUGCACCCAGGGAAGAUCAGGGACAGUAACAGGUCUACACUGCUGGCCACCAUUCAGGAACAUGGCUACCCUACCAUCAACCUGGGCAUCGUCGGAGACAACCCAGACGACCUCCUUAAUGCCCUGAACGAGGGGAUCAGCCGUGCUGACGUCAUCAUCACCUCAGGAGGUGUGUCCAUGGGAGAGAAGGACUAUCUGAAGCAGGUGCUUGACAUUGACCUCCACGCCCAGAUCCAUUUUGGACGGGUGUUUAUGAAGCCAGGUCUCCCCACCACGUUCGCCACUGUAGACAUUGACGGGGCACGGAAACUGAUAUUUGCCCUACCAGGUAACCCAGUGUCUGCGGUUGUCACCUGUAACCUCUUCGUCAUCCCUGCUCUAAGGAAGAUGCAGGGGAUCCUGGACCCUCGGCCCACCAUCAUCAAAGCCAGGCUUUCCUGUGAUGUAAAGUUGGACCCUCGUCCAGAGUACCACCGCUGCAUCCUGACAUGGCACCACCAGGAGCCUCUGCCAUGGGCACAGAGCACAGGAAAUCAGAUGAGUAGUCGACUGAUGAGCAUGAGAAGUGCCAACGGGCUGCUGAUGUUGCCUCCUAAAACAGAGCAAUAUGUGGAGCUGCAUAAAGGAGAGGUUGUGGACGUGAUGGUCAUAGGACGACUAUGAUGAUGUCAUCUUACGAGGACAGAUAGAUAGACAGGGAGAGAAAGUGGUGCAUGUCCACAUAUCAUAACUAUUCUGUAAUAUGCAAUGGCACAGCUAGUUUUUAUUGAUUUGGAUAAUAAAGUUCAUCAAGUAUAAUUAACCAACAUCUCGAACACAAAGUAAAUGAGUACAUACAUUGAUCAUGAAAUCUGAAUUUGAAAAGAUCAUUGUAUUUCAAAGAAAGACAAAAUGUUAUACCUUUUAAAAGUGAAAAAAUAAGAGAUUUAUUCUGUAAUAUAUUAUAUUAUUAUAAUUAUUAUUAUUAUAAUUAUGAAUAUUAUAUUGUCAUAUUAAGCAACUCUGUUUCUCUUUCAUCCUCGCAAUUGCUUUGUGUGUUCAACCCUAGACCUUAUAGAUAGAUAGCAGUAGCAUUUCAAUAACAAGCUGUAGGUGCUCAAAAAAAUACAAAUACUAUUUUCUUAUCUCACAAAAAAAAGAUAGAAAAUACAUAUCUUCUUUUUGAACAAUGAAAACCCUUUUGAGAUGAUGUCAGAAGUCCCUCUUGGGGUAUGUCCUGAUUCUUCACCCUUCUCCUGAAGUGUACACUUGCACACUCCCCGUCAUUUUUAAAGGCAUUGGAUUGGUGAAGGUAGGCAUUGACUGGAGGGAGUUCCCACCAUUACUAGAUCCAUGCAAGAAAGUAUGCAGGAAUAGAGUGAAGAAUCAGGAUGUAGCCUUGGUGCUCUGGCUUAUUAGGAGUGUUUUCAGGGUCCUGAGGGUGCCUCUAGCUAUCUGUCCCUUCCCUUUAGUAUUCUUCUCUUCUAUGCCUCAUUAUAUGGGCUUUAUAAUGCCUCAUAAUGGCUUCACACACAGCUUUGCUUGUUGUUUUUCUUGUGAGUCGUGUUUGUGUGCAGUUGCCAAAAGUGGUGGGUAUCUUGGGCCAAAAGUCAUAGGGUCACCAUGAUGAGACCUGGGCCUGUAUUCAUAAAGUGGCUCGGAGUAGUGAUCUAGGACCAGGUCCCCCCGUCUAUAUAGUCUUAUUCAUUAUGAUAAACUGAUCCUAGAUCAGCACUCAUACUCCUUUAUGAAUACAGGCCUUGAAGGCGGAUAAAGGCAGCGAGUGGCCUGCCAGUGCCCACUAGGCUGACUGUUUCCCCCUAGCAGCCCCCCAGCUGCCCCCCAGGCCCACUAGCUGCCCCCCAGUCCCACUACUGUAGCUUCCCCUCCAGGCCCACAAGCUGCCCCUGAGUCCCCCUAGCUUCCCCCCAGGCACCCUAGCUGCCCCCUAGCUACCCACCAGGCCCACUAACUUCCUUCCAGGCUGACCGUUCCCCCUAGCUGCCCCCUAGCUACCCGCCAGGCCCACUAACUUCCUUCCAGGCUGACCGUUCCCCCUAGCUGCCCCCUAGCUACCCGCCAGGCCCACUAACUUCCUUCCAGGCUGACCGUUCCCCCUAGCUGCCCCCUAGCUACCCGCCAGGCCCACUAACCUCCUUCCAGGCUGACCGUUCCCCCUAGCUGCCCCCUAGCUACCCGCCAGGCCCACUAACCUCCUUCCAGGCUGACCGUUCCCCCUAGCUGCCCCCUAGCUACCCGCCAGGCCCACUAACCUCCUUCCAGGCUGACCGUUCCCCCUAGCUACCCGCCAGGCCCACUAACCUCCUUCCAGGCUGACCGUUCCCCCUAGCUGCCCCCUAGCUACCCGCCAGGCCCACUAACCUCCUUCCAGGCUGACCGUUCCCCCUAGCUGCCCCCUAGCUACCCGCCAGGCCCACUAACCUCCUUCCAGGCUGACCGUUCCCCCUAGCUGCCCCCUAGCUACCCGCCAGGCCCACUAACCUCCUUCCAGGCUGACCGUUCCCCCUAGCUGCCCCCUAGCUACCCGCCAGGCCCACUAACCUCCUUCCAGGCUGACCGUUCCCCCUAGCUGCCCCCUAGCUACCCGCCAGGCCCACUAACCUCCUUCCAGGCUGACCGUUCCCCCUAGCUGCCCCCUAGCUAUCCGCCAGGCCCACUAACCUCCUUCCAGGCUGACCGUUCCCCCUAGCUGCCCCCUAGCUACCCGCCAGGCCCACUAACCUCCUUCCAGGCUGACCGUUCCCCCUAGCUGCUCCCUAGCUACCCGCCAGGCCCACUAACUUCCUUCCAGGCUGACCGUUCCCCCUAGCUGCCCGCCAGGCCCACUAGCUUCGUCAUAGUCUGACCUGGUACUGAAGUCCCACCCAGAGACGUGUAUUCUUUCACAUAUCUAAAUAUGUGCCUCUGGUCCCACCCUGUCCCCUGCCCUUCUACUUUACCAACACGGCCUGUCUCCCCCCACCCUCACCCCUACAGGACUGCUCACCUCACACAUACUAGUACAGAUAUGUGAGGGAACUGGAGGAGGGAGGAAACUUUGUCUUUUAUGUGUUUAAUUUCAGAAGGAAGAAACAGCUUAUUUAAAGUGCUGACUGCCUUUUAACAACUAUUCAAACAAUGUACAGAAAAAUACAUGAAUACAAAAGAGUGAUAUUGUACAGAUUAUGGUGACCAGCAAUCCUGACUAAAUUAAUGAAGCAAUGGGGAGAUAUUGAACUCUGUACUAUAAACGUUUUCUGUAAUAUUGAUGAAACUAAUGAAAAAUUAAAAAUCCUUGA